AUGAAUUCUGAUGAAGAGACCUACAGCCCUCUAACUGCACCAGAAGAUAAACCGGAUGAGAACAGUAUGGAUAUCAUUCCUGCUAAUGAGAAAAAUGCCGAUCAUUUUAAAGAUAUAAAACAAUAUACGUUCAUGACACAGAAUCCGAAUGGCACCCAGUCUGAAAUCUCUGUCAAAGCAACAACAGAUUCGAAUUUUGUUCUAAGAAACUAGGCAACCCAGGGUCCAAAUGUGCCUGAAUUUUGGACAAUAUUAGCUGAAGGCUCUGAUUUGAGUGGUACAAGUGACAGCCUGUCAACACUACAGGCCCUCAAGUUAAAAUUAAUGCUGGGUGUCUCGUUGAUGAACCUUUUCCUUUUUGUUCUCCUCUUGGCAAUCUGUAGUGCCGUGCUGUACAAACUGAAGACAAUAAGUUCUAAAAAAUGUGAGAGUCAAUACUCCAUCAACCCAGAGCUGGCAACUCUGUCUUACUUUCAUCCAUUAGAAGGCGUAUCAGACACAUCUUUUUCUCAUAGUGCUGAGAGCUGCACACUUUGGGACACUUCUUCAGAAAUGAGAAUAUAUGACACAAGUUCAAAAUUUAGAAUGACUGACAUGAUGAUCUGCACAGCCUCAAAUGAUACAGGCCUGAAAUAUGACUCAGACUUACCUCAGAGAGAAAGCUCCUACUGA